AUGUUUGACAUCAAUGGUAUGUACAAUGCACAAAAUGAUCGUAUUUGGGCAGUGAAUCGUUUCGAAGCAGAUAGAAAGGGUGGUAUUAAAAAGAAACAAAAAUUUCCCGCCAAAGUUAUGGUAUGGUUAGGUGCUUGUGCCGAAGGUUUAACACCACUCGUUAUUCUCGAUAAAGGCGCGGUUAAUCAUGUAUACAUUAAAAAAGUGCUUCCGAUAGCCAAAAAAUAUGCAAAUAAGGUGCUAGGCGAUGAUUGGACUUUUCAGCAAGACAAUGCGCCGCCUCAUCAAGAUGACAUUACACAAAAAUGGUGUCGUGAAAAUAUACCACAAUUUAUUUCGUGUAAACGUUGGUCAGCAAAUAGUCCUGACUUAAACCCAAUGGAUUACUGUAUUUGGGAUAAGUUGAAUCAGGCUAUAAAUUGGAGUCGAGUACGAUCAAAAUCGACGUUAAUCAAGAAGCUGAAGCUUGGCGUAAAAAAAAUUCGUUAUGAUGUUCUAAGGGAAAGUGUUGAAGAUUGGAGGAGUAAACGAAUGUAUCGGAUUUUGCAAAACGAUGGAAACUGUUUGUGUUGA